AUGGAUGAGAACACAGCGCAGGGGAUCCAUCUCGCGCGCGCUCACCGCCUGGGGCAACAACGCGAGGGAGCAUCCCGAAGCCGGCCUAUCGUGGCCAAACUUCUGGAUCCGAGGCACAAAGCGGUCAUCAUGGGGAAAGGCAGGGAGCUGAAGGGGACCAAGCUGGCCAUCAGCGACCAAUUCCCGCAGGAGAUUAUGCGACGACGCAGGCUGCUCCAGCCCAUCUUGGCGGAGGCGAGAACCGCAGGAAAAAGAUCCAGACUAUCCAUAGACAAACUUUACAUUGACGGAACACUCUACAGAAACUCAAAAAUAACUUACUGGCUCACCGGGAGCAACGACAACACCGUCACACAAAGAUGA